AUGGAGGCAACGCCAGCAGCAAGCAGUGUCAUCCUGCCUCUAAACAGGCCGUCUGCGACUGGUGCAGCCAAAAAAUCUGUUUUUCUUGCGGGAACCACCAGCCAAGGGGAUUGGCGCAAGGACUUGUCCGAGUCCAUAUCUCAUCUCCCUAUAACUAUCUUCAAUCCCCUCCGGACAGACUGGGAUAGCUCGUGGAAGGAGGACAUCUCCGACCCCAGGUUCAGGGAGCAGGUCGAGUGGGAAUUGGAGAUGCAGGAUCGGGCUGACAUCAUCGCCAUGUUCAUUCAGCCAGGGACAGAAGCACAUAUCAGCUUACUUGAGCUGGGGCUUUGUGCUCGCUCUGGGAAAGCCAUCGUCGCUUGUCCCCAGGGGUACAAGAAAAGAGGAAACGUUCAGGCUGUGUGCGCCAGGUUUGAUAUACCCUUGUUGGACAGCUAUGAAGCUCUGCGCGACGCGUUGAUCUCCAGACUUGACAGUUUAAUUCGAUAA